AUGCCCUUGGCCAUACGGGUCAAACUCAUGAAAGUAGUGCUCAUGCCCACUAUCACCUCUUUCGGUCGGUCGCGACAAUGGAACCAGGAACACUUACACAGGUUACAACGAGUGGUGCACCGAGCGAUCCAUCGCUGCUUCAACGUCCGUCCGCAAUGGCUGCAACAACAUCAUGUCAAGCGCCGGGAUAUGGCGGCUUUCGUGGGGUGGGAGCCAGUGGAGGCCACUUUAGGGCGCCAGUGUCUGAACUGGCUUGGCCAUGUGGCGAGAAUGAAAAAGGAGGAACUUCCCAAACUGGCACUAUGUGGAUGGUGGUCCGGCUACAAGAUCAAACAACGCCCAAAGUUCCGACAGCAGCAAUGGAUCCAGUACCUUCUGGCCCAGAUCAAGACAAGUGAGCUGGACUGGUUUCGGUUGGCCCAAGAUCGCGAGGCCUGGCGACGAGAAGUGGCGGAAACAUACCCAGCACCUGAAAUGACACCGGCGAAAAAGAGCAAGGGUCAACCAAUGGAGGCCCCAUAG